GGGUGGAGGAAACGUACCAGAUAAGAUUUGCUUCCAAACGCGCACCGAUGGCGGUGUGAGGCGUUUGGCUGAGAAGUACGCACGGCGCGGUGGUGGAAUUGUGGCGCUUUUUUUUUUCUUUUAUUCAUCUUCUCUCAUGUCUGGAUCCCGAUCAAAAGGGAAAUAAACAAAACUAUGGAUUACUCAGUCUGCCUACUUUUACUCCUGUCAUCCAUUUCGUCUGUAACCACCGAACAAUUCCCAGCAGCGCCGAUGAUAAAGGAAUGGGUGGACCAGAUGCAAAAAGAGUUGAUCACAUUAACAGACACAGCCAGUGGUCUUCAGGACCUAAUACAGAUCUAUAAAACACACAAAGCUCACUUCAGUGUGGAGUCCAACAAUGCAAGGGAACUGGUGGCAACCGCUGCUGGGAACAUAGAGAGGCUGCUGGCAAACCGCUCCAAGGCCCUAGAGAGGCUGGCAACAGAAGCAGAAAGGUUUCAGAUGGACCACGAGUGGAGGGAAGACAGCGAGGCCGACAAAAUUGUUUACUACAAUGCCAAAGAUGAUCUUAAUCAGACUAGCGAACCUGAGAAGAAGAACCGAUAUGUUCCCGAUGAUUUCCACAUAGAUGCAGACUUCAAACGACUGGUCUCUUACAACACCACCGCUGUCCACAUCCCUACGGAUAUAUAUGAACGCUCUACCAUCAUUUUGAACGAGCUAAAUUGGACAGAAGCCUUGGAGGAAGUUUUCCGGAAAAACAAAGAGGAAGAUCCCUCACUCCUCUGGCAGGUGUUUGGUUCUGCCACUGGACUGGCUCGGUACUACCCAGCAUCCCCUUGGAUCGACUUGAGCAAUUCAGCCAAUAAGAUCGACCUCUACGAUGUGCGCAGACGACCAUGGUACAUUCAGGGGGCGGCGUCUCCUAAGGACAUGCUGAUCCUGGUGGAUGCGAGUGGCAGUGUUUCAGGUCUCACCCUCAAACUCAUCCGAACGUCUGUUAGCACGAUGCUGGACACCCUGUCUGACGAUGACUACGUGAACGUGGUCUAUUUCAACGAAAAGGCCUUGUCCGCGGCGUGCUUUCAGAACCUGGUGCAGGCCAAUGUCCGCAACAAGAGGAUUCUCAAAGAUGCGGUGCAGAACAUCAUUGCUAAAGGUGUCACCAGAUACCAAGAUGGCUUCAAGCUGGCCUUCAAGCAGCUCGCGCAGAUGGAUGUGGCAAGGGCUAACUGUAACAAGAUUAUCAUGCUCUUCACUGACGGAGGAGAGGAAAGGGCAGAGGAGAUCUUUAAAGAACACAACCCAAAGCAAGAGGUGCGCAUCUUCACAUUUUCAGUAGGUCAACACAACUACGACAAAGGACCAAUACAGUGGAUGGCCUGUACUAAUAAAGGCUACUACUAUGAGAUCCCAUCUAUAGGCGCCAUUAGGAUCAACACUCAGGAGUACCUGGAUGUUUUGGGCAGGCCCAUGGUCAAGGCCCCAAAAAAGGCCAAGCAAGUUCAGUGGACCAAUGUCUACCUGGAUGCACUGGAGCUUGGCCUGGUGAUCACUGGAACUCUGCCUGUCUUCAACAAGACCAGCACAGGCUCAAAGAAAUCACAAAACCAGCUCAUCUUGGGGGUCAUGGCUAUUGAUGUCUCCCUGGAAGAUAUCAAGAGACUCACACCUCGGUUUACUUUUGGACCAAAUGGUUAUUACUUUGCCAUUGACCCCAACGGAUAUGUCCUGCUCCAUCCUAAUCUCCAGCCACUGACUGCCAAGUUUGAUGAACCUGUAACACUGGACUUCCUGGAUGCUGAGAUAGAGAAUGAGAUCAAAGAGACGAUAAGAGAAGAAAUGAUCAACGCAAGUACAGGAAAUUACACAAUAUUUACAUUGGUGAAAUCCCAAGAUGAGCGCUAUAUGGACCAAGGUUGGAGGACGUAUACGUUUGCACCAGUAAAGGGGUCAGAUUACAGCCUGGCCCUGGUCCUUCCCGAGUACAGUAUGCAUUACAUCCGGGCCACAAUAGGUGACACAAUCACCCAGGCAAAAUUUUCUGAAAGCCUGCUGGCAGACAAGUUUGAUGAAUACGGCUAUACAUUUAUUGCACCGAGGGUGUACUGUAAGGACUUGAAGCCACCCAACAAGAAUAAAAACAACACAGAGUUCCUCAUGGAGUUCAACAAUUACAUUGACACGAAGACUCCAAACAACCCCAUGUGUAAUGUGGAGCUGGUGAACCGCCUGCUCCUGGAUGCUGGCAUCACCUCGGACCUGAUCAAGCUUUGGAAACAAAACGAGUUGCAGCCUGGUGUCUCGGCCAGAUUUGUUGCCACUGACGGAGGAAUCACAAGGGUCUACCCCAAAAGUGCUGGGUUUUAUUGGAAAGAAGAGGCAGAGACGUAUGAGUCAAGUUUCUAUAAGCGAAGUUUGGACAAUGAUCUGUACAUCUUCACUCCAACACCCUACCCCAACAAAGAGAACACAACUGAUGACUCAAUCCUGGUGAGCAGAGCAGUAAACCUCAAUAUUGAUGGUAUCAAUCUUAAACCAGCUGUGGUCGGCGUGAAGUUAGACAUCAGUGCCUGGAUGGCAAGAUUCAUCAACGCUACUGUCAAGACUAACUGCAACGGUGAGAUGUGUGGCUGUCAGAGAAAUGAUGCCUACGUGGACUGUAUCAUUCUGGAUGAUGGGGGCUUCCUGGUGAUGUCCAAUCAAGAUAAGUAUAUUGAUCAGAUUGGAAGUUUCUUUGGCGUUAUCGACCCCACCCUCAUGAGAAAGCUGAAUGACUCCCUGUUCACCCUUAAGCAGACCUACGACUACCAGUCGCUCUGUGACCCCAAGAAAGAGAGCAAGGCGGCUGCGGGCCCGCGAUCCGUCUACGUGCCCACAAUAGCAGAUAUUUUGAAUUUAGGUUGGUGGGCGACAGCUGCAGCCUGGUCACUAUUGCAACAGAUACUGGUCAGCAUCACAUUCCCCAGUUUCAUGGAUGCAGCUGAAAUGGAUGAUGAAGUGUCAGAUGCCAUGCUGAAAGAGGUCUGCAUCACCAAGCAGACUCAAUAUUACUUUAUGAACAACAACCUGUCUUUCAGAGGCACCAUCGACUGCGAAAACUGCUCCAGGCUCUACCACGCUGAAAAGCUGCCCAAGACAAACCUGGUCUUUAUCAUCACUGAUGCAAAACUCACCUGCUUACCCUGUGACGCCACCCUGUUGAAACAGGAAGAGGAGCAGUCUGAAGGUCCUGAUCCCUGUGAGCUAGCUAAAAAACCUCGGUACAGGAAAGGGCCCUCAGAGUGUUUUGAUAACAAUGAACAUGAGGACGACGCUGAUUGUGGUGGGGCAUCCAGCUUGAGUCCCUCACUUUGGCUUAUGGUGGCCCUUCAGCUGGUGCUGCUCUGGGUUCUGACUGGCUCCAGAAACUACGCCGUCUCAUCAUGACCUCUGAACAACCUGAUCACACCCUCUAUCUCCCUCUCUCCGUAUCUCCAACACGGCAACCAGCAUGCAACGCUGCCACCGAAAUGACGAAUGCCCAAUGAGAAAGUGCUUGUAACAAAUAAGCAAAAACCUGUGAGCCCCAUAUUCUGCCAGUUUCCUUUUUGAUUUUUCAGGGGUUUCUCAAUGUGAUUUCGCCAGGUGCAAGAGUACAAGUGACGAAAGAAAUGUGUAUCAGAAGAUUUGAAUUUGAACAUUAACAGAGUCCUCGACUUACAGCUAUCCUUCAUCUAUUCAGUGGUUCACACCAACUGAGAUUAGAGGAAUCCAGAGAUAGAUCAUUUUGAUUGGCGACUUCAGAACUUUCUUUGGCUUGAUGUCACUGAUGAGGAAGAUCAGAUUGCCUUAUAGUGUCAGAGAGAUUGAUAUCAUGACGUGAGGGACUUGCUGUUUGUUGAACAUGUUGAGCAGUUUUAUUCACCACUGCCAGAAACAGCACUGCUCUUUGCAAGCGUACAGUUUAUUUUGAAUUGAUUUGCAGUGGCUAGUUAUUAGGUUUUUAUUGUUUUGUGGUUGAGAAUUUGGCUAAGAUUGCUGUAUGAGAUGCCAAAUUGUUACAUCACAAGCUUUUGUACUUCAUUUGCCUCAGUUGGGUUUGGUGAUAAUAUAACGUCGUCUCACUCUGAUUUUUAGAUAGCACCACAUUUUUACAUUGUCUCUAAGGGCAUUACCUUCACUUUUGGCCCAGUGUUCUUUCAUGUAGAUACUGUAUUUGCAGUGUAGAAAUCAUGUUCAUUGUUCUGUUUAUGCACAGAAACCAACCCAUGAACCCACCAUCAGAACGCCUGCCUCUGAGUGUAUGGAUUUUAACUUAGUAGCUGCACACCUAACCAUCAGCCCUGAUCAGGAGAGGUAAAUGUAUAUGGAUUUCCAACCUUGGUGUUGGAUUGCUCCAAUGAAAACUUUGUUGCCAUAGCGCGCAUCAGUCAAUCAGGAUGAGCCUGGCUGGUGUCCUUUGCGUGCUCAGUGGACAAAAUCUCUAGUGCCAUGUGGACUGUGUGACUCAGGUGAACCCUUUAGCUUUGUAGACUGUGGCUACUGAAAAGAGAAGUGUAGUAUUCAUUUAUUUUACUACUUCUUUUACUGGUCUAUUGCCACCACUAAGGAAAAUGAGGGGGAUAUGAGAGUUUGUGCUUAACUUUUUGUUCAACAAAAAAAGGAAAACAGCGCAUUUGUAUUCACUGCUGUCACUUUUUAAAUUAAAUGACUACUAUCUGCACUGCAGUUCAAAGUGCAGCUGCUUUUUGUCUUUACAGUUUGAUCUUCUGGCUAAAGAAUAGCCUCUAUCUCUGUAGUACUGAGAUUCCCUCUUGCAGUUUAUUAUUCUGUGGUAUCAUCAUUAAGUGAAAAUCACUAUAGAGCAGCAGACAGUUCAUGCUCAUGGAUUGUUCUAUUUCAUUUUCUGUUUCGUUUUCUCCAAUAUAACCUCAUCUUGUUUGAUUUUCUCUGUAUUUUUUGCAUUAGGUAUAUAUAUAUAGAACAUACGUAACUUAAGAAAGAAAAUUUGCAGAUGAUUUACUGUAGAUGAUUUUAGUGAAAUGGUUUUCUCUUGCUGGCCGGAGGACAGUUAAAUAGUCAGAUUCAUUCAAAUCAGCCAAACAACUGCUGCAGAACAAAAUAAAUCUGCCAAAGUAAUAAAUAACAAACAGAUUGCAGAAGACAAAAAUUGGACUCUUAAAUGGUUAUUAAAUGCAUGACUAAAAUGUCAGCAAAGAUUAAGUAAGUUAAAUAAACCAUUUUAUUUGUUUUCAGAAUGAAAAUAGAAAUCCAUCCUGAGGGUGUAAUGUGUGGAAAAUGACAUGUUGUACUUUUGCUGUUAAUUUGUGUGUUCACACAUGAAGGAUUAGAAGACGACAAUGUAAUUAGACGGGAAAUAACAUGCCUGGCAGAAAACUUGGCUGUCAAUAUUCACAAAACAAGCUUUAAAUCCUUGAUAUAAAAAUGUCAUUUUUACUUAAACCAGCUGCACUUGAUGGUUAAUUUCUGCCAUUAACGGGUAAUCAUACUAUUUAGGCGUCUGUUGAUUCAAGUUAAGGAUUGAAAAUCACGGGUUAAAAUGAUUCAUAUGAAGGUUAUGCCUCAGUUGUUCCCUAAGGAGGUAGAGACCUGCCAAAAUGGUAACAAUUACAUUACAACUGUUUAGUGAUAUAAGAUUUAGGAUAGGAUAUUGCCUAAUGACACCCUCAAAUUACCAAAUAUCCUCACAACUCACCAUUAAACAUAUGAAAAUCCAACUGUUCAUCUAUUUUGGUAUUCAGAGCAGCGACUCUUUGUACAGAACACCACUAAAACGAGCCAGAGAGUGCAUCUUUUAUGAGUGCAUAUUCAAAUAAACACUGACACAUGUUUGCAGGAAACUACUACUACUUCUGCAAGAAAGUGAAAACUAUAUAAAUAAGAUGUGUUUGCCCCAUUAUCCCUGACAUUUGUCUCUCACUCUCUUCAGAGUCAUUUUAGCUCAGUAGUAAUUGCGACAACAUCACACUGGAAGAUGUCGAAUUUAAUGAUGUGCAUUCCUUCAAGUCAGAUCAAGGAAUGCUAGCUUAGUCUUUAUGGCAAACCUCCACCACCAUCAUGAAACCACAAUCAUCAUGGUCAGUAAUUUUCCAAGUAGUCUGAGGUGCAAUUUUUCCUCUCAAUGUUUUCCUCUAUCUUUAACUGUAACUGUCCAACUAAAACGAUGUGGUGAAAUAAACAAUGGUAUUUAUGCUCCUCUCUGCAUUUACUAACACUCAAGAAUAUCAAGUGCCAUAUAGGACUCUCGUAUUCUCUUUUGGAGAAACCUAUUAUCCUAAUAUAACAUUUAUGCAACAUUAACAAGGCAAGAUGUAAGUCUCAUAAAUUGUUUCCCUGUGCUGCAUGGUAAUGGCUGACAAUUUGUUUAAAAAAAAAAAAAAAAACAUAUCCAGUGUGCUCCUGCUUUAGUGUGUAAUGUUGGGAAGCAUAAUAUCCUGGGUGUCAGGCAUUUAUUCAUGAUAUGGUAAGGUAUGAUCAGCUAUUACUGCCUUUCUCUUGGGGAGACAGCAUUUGGCUCCGCUCUGGUCUGACUGAACUCGGGAGAGGGAACCUCAUUGGCCAGUGUGAGGUUUAAAUGCACUAUGCUCAAUCUAUCUGAUUUGUUCAAGAUGUAUGAUUCACUAUGAUUAAAGGACCACUCCAGUGAUUUAGCUAGUUUUAUCCCAUUAAUUACAAAUUAUGAAUACUUUAUAAGUGUAUACUUGCUAACAUCAGCAUGUUACCAUUAUCAUUGUGAGCAUACAUGCUAAUGUUAGCAUGUAGCUCAAAGCUCCACUGUGCCCACAUACAGCCCCCUUAGAGUCACUAAAUUGUAAAAAAGUAAUAUAUAUAGUAUAUAUAUAGUAAUAUAUAUAGUAAUUUUUUUUUAAGAAAUGGUUAGUAGUAAUAGUAGACUAUAGAGUAUAUAUCAACUGUAGUUGUUAAUCUAAGAGUUUAAACUAGUAAAAACUCUGGUAUGGUCAUUUUGGGCAGAGAAAUUACAAGAAAUUAGUGAUAACACACACCACUUAAAAUGCUCCAAGUGGAUCCUUUUAGAAAUGCAUAGAAAACAUUGGAAAAUGAACAGGAGCUUCAUAGUUGUCCAGAUGUUCCAUUCUACUCUUAAGUGCUAAAAUCAGAUGCUGUCACCUCAGGAAUAAUAUACUCUCUAUGUGAUAUGAAGUGUUUUUGGUGCUCCCUAUAUGGAUCGUGUGGGUUGGCCGUUUUUAUUUCUGGAAUCUUGAGGAUUGCUUCAUGUGUGUUUUGUUGUGUCUGUUACCUUGCUGCCAACUCUUUGGCAGACGAUUGGCGGGCCUGUCAGUCAGUCUUUCCCCUGCCUUUGGUUUUAAAGCAGGCUCUUGAUAGAGGCGUCCACCAAGUCACACCUCACCAGACUCAGCUGUGGGAGCAUCUUGGUGGGCCUCUCUGUCAAUAUCCCUCGACUGUGCUUUAAUAUCUUACACUUCAGUGGAACUUGAUUCCCCAGAAUCAGUCAUGUAAAAAUUUGUACAAAACUGAUGUUGUUCUCUACAAAAAAAAAAAAAUAAACAAUGUUUAUAAUC